AUGCCGACCGCCGCUGGACACUUUACGUUAUCUUGCUGGAACAGCACCUUAAACCCUCCUACGGUGCAGCGCGGCAAGUUAAUGUGGCAAUGCCAUAGACUAAUUCAGGCCGUCAAAGCCCGCCUCACCGGAGAACAGAUCAUCGUUCCCUCUCGAGAUGCGAAGGACUCACGAAAGGGAAUAGAAGUCUGUGUCAUGUACCGAGCAGGCACUGGUGAUUCCUUCGCCAAUGUCACGAAUGUGCUCAACCAAGAGUCAGCCAAGCUCCAUCUUGACUACAAGAACUUCGUAGAGCAAGAGGAGAGCUUGACGCGAUACUUCACCACCAGCGAGCUCGCAAACCUGAAUGAGCUCAACAAGCCCAUCACCGAGCGGCUGUGCGAGAAGGAUUUCGAGCAGCUCGAACGGGCCGCAAAUGAUUUUAAAGGGUUUACAGCCAUGGAGUCUUGGGCCCAGGGUGUUCCGAAGGACAAGAAUUGCCAGCCCAUAACGCUUAUGCGUAACAGCUUGUCCAGACUGCGAAAAGCUGAAGGUGAAGAUCUCAAAAAUGAGCUUCUGGGAAUAUCCAAUGCCCUCAAUGCUGCCGCAAAUGCCCCCAAGACAUCAUGGCAGACCAUAGUGGGUAUUGGAGGAGGUGCUAUUGCUAUCGGUGGCUUCAUUGCCAAGUUGACAGGCGUGUGGGCUAAGAUGGGACUCGUACUCGAAGUGGUGACGUCCGUCGCCGCCUCCUUAACUACACUUGGAAUCGCCGCCGUUCUUGCUAUCGCCCUCGUUGCAUUCGCCGCGAUUGCUGGUGGCCUAUAUCUUGUCUUUAAAGAUGCAAGAAACAUGCUUCUCGUCGUCAAUAACACCCACUCGGACAUACAGCCUGUCUCCCACGACAUAUACUCGGGGGAAGUCACGGCGGGAACGGAUUUCAUCCCGAAAACCUCCGAGAAAAGCCCUUGCUGCUACGCGGGCUGGUACAUCUAUGACAGAAAGACUGGAUUUUACGGCACAACUGUAGGCCUCGUAUUCAAGCGUGGUGGCGGAGAAGUAGCCAUUGGCCUCGACUGUCCCAACUCAGGCUUCGGUGGCAAGAACUCUGUCACCCUUGCUGCGGGUAGCGAUGCAGCAGACGCCCACUACAAAGCCCGAAGUUGCCAUGAUGUAGGUGCCGAGGUUAAUCUCGGCACUGGUCCAUGUUCUGCGCGAAUUGCAAGCAACUGGGGUAACGUUAAUAUGGCUCGUCUAAUAUUUGAUGGACAAUGA